AUGCCUAACCCGCCCUCGCCUCUCUCGCCGCUCUCUUCCGGGAAGAAGAGGCCGCACCCUUCCAGCUCCACGCCCCCAACACAUGCCGACCCCGCGGCCGCCAAAGCCUCUGCCCCAACUGCCAUUCCCUCCGCCUCUCCCGCCCACUCUACCGCCUCGUCCUCAUUUCGCAAUGUCUCGGCCUGCAACCGGUGUCGUCUGCGCAAGAAUCGCUGCGACCAGCGCCUCCCCCGCUGCCAAUCCUGUGAGAAGGCGGGGGUCCGCUGCGUCGGGUACGACCCCAUCACCCGACGCGAGAUCCCGCGCAGCUAUGUCUAUUUCCUGGAGACCCGCGUCGCCCACCUGGAAAAGCAGUUGGCCGACCACAAUAUCGAAUUCAAGAAAGCCGUCGCCUUUGACGAAGAUGAGACCGUUAAAGUAGAGACCGAGGGCGAGCUGCCGCUCGCGCAGUCCGGUCCUGAUGUCCAGCCGGCCGAGGGUUCAGCUGCGGAUAAAAACGAUGAGACCGGCCGUUCCAUCCAGACAGUGGACGCGGAGCUGGGUCGUGAUGCGGACGGGGAUCGCGACCCCGCCAAUGAGGAUAAUUGGCGGCUGCACAACCUCGUCUCAAAUAUUGGCAUGGUUUCUGUCCAGGGCACCUCCGAUCCCCGGUAUCUCGGGUCGACGUCGGGGAUCUCCUUCGCCCGCGUAGUCUUUGCUGCGGUCAGGAGCUCGCUGCCCGGGAAUAUGCCCGAGCGCGCCCCGAUUCGUCCGAGCGAACGGCUGCCUCAGACUGCUGGCGGGACCGGUGGGAGUACGAUGCGCGAUUCGUUCUUUGGGUUACAGACACGACCGAUGAUGAAGCGAGCUACUUUUCCGGACCGCGAGCUGGCCGAACGGCUGGUUGAUCUCUAUUUUGAACACGCCAACCCCCAGAUGCCUAUUCUCCACCGCGGGGACUUCAUGGAGCUGUUGGAUCGCACGUAUUUGCUGGAUGAGAAGAACCGUUCUCCCCGCGCGCUUUACAUUCUCAAUAUCGUGUUUGCUAUUGGCGCUGGAAUCAUUUUUGAAGAUAAGCCCCAAAGCUCGGAUGACGAAAACCGGACUAGCCGUGAUCGCUCCUCUUCUACGACCAAGAGGCCUCGGCUUUCCAGCCAUCAGUAUCAACCGGAGGAGUACCAUGCAUCUGCAAUUGUUCAUUUGGAAACAUUCCUGGGUUCGUCUUCGAGCGAGGGCUUUGGCGGGUUGGAAGAACUGCAGGCAGUUCUCCUUCUGGCCAGCUUUGCUUUGCUGCGACCUGUUGCGCCAGGUCUUUGGUAUAUUGUCGGAGUGGCCAUGCGCUUGGCCGUUGAUCUUGGGUUGCACUAUGAAGAUGGAAUGGGUAUUGACUCUGCCUCAAAGGACGGUAAUCAGGCCCAAUCACGCAUCGACGCUCGCGAACGAGGACGCAGGGAAUGGGUGCGCGAUCUGCGUCGUCGCUUGUGGUGGUGUGUCUACAGCUUCGACCGUCUCGUCGCUACCUGUGUCGGACGACCCUUCGGCAUCAGCGACCAGGCCAUCAGCACCGAAUUCCCGUCCAUGACAGACGACAAGUACAUCACCAAGUCGGGUCUGUUGACGCCACCUGAUGGCGCGCCGACCUAUAAACAUGUUGCAUUCCACUACUUCAAGCUGCGUCUACUUCAGUCUGAGAUCCACGAUGUCCUCCAGUAUCAGCAGGCGCGCGCCAUCCGAAGACGGGCCUCAAAUAGUACCGCGGUUCUGCCCCAUGCCGAACUUGCUUCGCCUUUCCUUCAGGGCUUUGACUCGUUCCGCUCGUGGCGCCAUGAUGUGCAUCGUCGUUUGGUCGAGUGGCAAGAUACCGCCCCAACGCGUCUUGAAACGGGGGUGCGGUUCUCGAUCGAAUUGCUCGAGUUGAAUUACUGGCAAGCGAUUAUCUUGCUGUACCAGCAAAGCUUGACUGUGCCUGCGGAGCUGGCCGGAGAACUGACCCCCGCGGAUGAUGUUUCGAGUCCAUCUUUCUCUAAUUUUGAUGAAGGUGACGAGGAGGACCAUGUGUAUCUCAAUGUGGCUGAGGCGGGCCAGAAGGUCAUCCGGAUCUAUCGACAGCUGCACCGGGUGCGGUUGGUGAACUAUACCUAUCUUGCAACACACCAUAUUUUCAUGGCCGGAAUCUCUUUCUUAUAUGCUAUUUGGCACUCGCCCCUGGUUCGAAGCCGCCUGACCCUCGACGAGGUAGACUUUACUGUUCUGGCUGCAACGUCCGUUCUGGGUGACUUGAUGCACAAAUGUCCACCCGCCGAGGCAUGUCGAGAUGCGUUCGAGCGCAUGAGCAAAGCUACAGUCCAAAUGUGUCUGUCCACCACUGGCUUUGGAUCUCAGGUAGACGUGAGCCGUAUAAACGCCGCAUCACACGCCGGCGGUGCAUUGCAUUCCGGCCGGGGACGACAGCACCAGAUGGACCAACGCCAGCGCGCAGGACAAGGCCAAGUGCGACGGGCAACUCAAACCCGAUCUUCUCGCCCAGUCCCCAGAUUCGACAUGAACUUGGCAGACCUCUUCAGCGACAGUGCCCCAUUAGCCGACCGCUCGCGCACCGACAACAGACCCGGAGCACCAUCCUUCCCGGUUCGACCAGAUCACCCAGAAUCCGUGCCGCCCGGCUUCUCUACCGACGGUGCCUCUCAACCGUAUGUGCAACAUGAUCCGUCCAUGGAGUACUUCCUCAAAUACGAAAACCCGGGGUCCCCGCCGGCCCCACCGCAAUUCUACUACUCGAACUCGCCGCAACAACCUGGAUCCCCAGGCAGCGUGGCUCCUCCCUCUAGCAGUGAACCCCAUGCCGCUCACCCCUCCUCUGCGGACCACCAGGACCCCUCCCAGUCUGGAAUUAGCCUUGAUUUCCUGGACUUUGGGUCUGGCAACGCAGACAACCAGGCUGGUGUGGAGGCGGACGCUAAUACCCCGGACUACAAUAACCUGAUGUCCAUGCCCUCGCUUGGCCAUAAUCUCGGCCAGAAUGUGGGUAUUGAUCUGGGGUUUGGGAUGGCAGUGGACUUUCAGCAUGAUUGGAGUGAGAAUCCGAAUUAUGAUAUCUUGGAGGGGUAUUUCUUUGGUGGGUCUGGGACGGGUGCUUCUGGGGAUGAUUGA